AUGCCAGGUGGCAAAGCUGGAAAAGAUCAUGGUAAAGCUAAAGCUAAAGCUGUUUCACGAAGUGCACGUGCUGGUCUUCAAUUUCCUGUUGGUCGUAUUCAUCGUCAUUUAAAAUCUCGUACAACAUCACACGGUCGUGUUGGUGCCACAGCUGCUGUUUAUACUGCUGCCAUACUUGAAUAUUUAACAGCUGAAGUACUUGAACUUGCUGGUAAUGCAUCAAAGGAUCUUAAAGUAAAACGUAUUAAUCCACGUCAUUUACAAUUGGCUAUCCGUGGUGAUGAAGAAUUAGAUACAUUAAUCAAGGCUACAAUUGCUGGUGGUGGUGUUAUUCCACAUAUUCAUAAAUCACUUAUUGGUAAGAAAACACCAGUUCAAGGUAAUUUACCUCAAGCACCAGCUAAACCAGUCGUGCAAUAA